AUGUCAAAUGCUAAUUCUGAAGCAAUUGCUGCAGCAAUUCCUCAUCAAAAUGCAAGAGAGAAGCCUAUGAGCAAGCCAUCUCCACCAUUUCCUCAGCGCUUUCAAAAGCAGCAACAAGAUGGUCAAUUCCGAAGAUUUUUAGAUGUCUUGAAACAACUUCACAUCAAUAUACCGUUGGUGGAAGCUUUGGAACAAAUGCCCAACUAUGUGAAGUUCUUGAAGGAUAUUUUAACCAAGAAGAGGAGACUUGGAGAAUUUGAAAUGGCGGCCUUGACUGAAGGUUGUACUGCUAUAUUGAAGAAUAAAAUUCCUCCUAAAUUGAAAGACCCGGGCAGCUUUACAAUUCCUUGUUCUAUUGGUGGUAGAGAUGUUGGUAGAGCACUUUGUGACUUUGGGGCUAGCAAGAUUGAAGAUGUACUUGUGCAAGUUGAUAAAUUUAUUUUUCUGGCGGACUUCAUUAUUCUUGAUUAUGAAGCAAAUAGAGAUGUUCCAAUAAUUUUGGGAAGACCAUUUCUUGCCACCGGAAGGACUUUGAUUGACGUUAAAAAAGGAGAGCUUACUAUGAGAGUGAAUGAAAAACAAGUGACCUUUAAUGUGUUCAACUCUAUGAAGUUUCCGGAUGAGAUUGAGGAAUGCUCUUCUUUGAGUGUGACUGAUACUAUAGUGGCUGAAACAUUGCUAAAAGAAACUUGUAAAGAUGGAUUGGGAGUGAUUUCACUUGAUGAGCUUGAAGAAAUGAGUGAAGAGGAAGAGACCCAAGUUACAUGGGUGGAAUCCAAGUAG